AUGUCUGAUAAUACCAUAGACUCUGUGAAGGUUGAAAAUCUUUUGGGCAUGCUCACUGUGAAGUUGCAAGAUGAUAAUUUUGUUAAGUGGAAUUUUCAGUUUCAGUCAGUUUUACGUGGGUAUGAUUUACUGGAUUUCUUUACUGGUGACAAUCCCUGUCCACCUAAAUAUGUCAUACAUACUGAAACUGGUGUGACAAGGGAGAUCACUACUGCUUAUAAGAAUUGGGUCAAAAAGGAUAUGGCUUUACUCAGUUUGCUUAUUGUCACUUUAUCUGAUGAUGCAAUGGAGCAUGUUAUUGGAUGUAAAACAUCACAGGAAGCAUGGACUGCUUUACAAGAUCGUUAUGCAUCUGUGUCAGUUUCACGAAUAAAUCAGUUAAAGACUGAGUUUCAUACUGCAAAUAAAGGAGGGGAUUCGAUUGAUAAGUUUUUGUUGAAAUUAAAGGCUAUCAGAGAUCAGUUAAUCUCUGCUAGAGAAAGGGUUUCAGAAAAUGAUAUGGUUAUUGCUGUUUUAACUGGAUUACCACAGGAAUUUGAUAUGAUUAGAACUGUGAUUUUGGCAAGAGAGACACCAAUUUCUUUGAAAGAUUUUCGUGCACAGCUUCUUGGUGCUGAACUUACCAUAGAAUCCAGAGUUUCAGCUCUUACAGGUUCAAUGGCAGCAAUGUAUAUGAAUGGGGAUAAUGGUAAAGGACAUACUGGUUCCUAUCAAGCAAAUGGUAGUUAUCAUGGUGAAAGCUCAGCUAUGGGGGCUAGUGGUUAUCAAGGAGGUGAAAGUUCCAUUAUAGGGGCUAAUGACUAUCAAGGAGGAUAUGGGUUUACUGGCAGUAAUCAAAGGACCUUUAAUUCUCAGAAUAAAGGGUCAUUCAAUUCUAACAGGAAUUCUUAUGGAAACAAUGCUUCAAAACCUUACUUUGGUAACAAGAAUAAAGGGUCGACUAAUACUUUUUCUGAUCCAGGCAGAAAUUCUCAGUCAAGUUUUACUGGUCAGUCAUCUCAUGGUGGAUCAAAGAAUGGUUCAAAUUGGCAGAAUUGGAAUGGGAAUACUACUUAUAAAUCAUCAAUUACCCCUUAA